GAGCCGGCGCCCCCCGGCCGAGGCAUUGAAGUGACCCGGGCUCUGUGCCACGGCCCCAUGCCCGGAGCUCGCCCCGCCGCGCCGCGCCGCUUUGUGUCCAGACCUGUGCGCGGCUUGUGCGGGCAGAUCCGGAGACAUCCCGGGUUCCGCGCUCCGCACAACGCCCGGUUCCGGCUCCGGCUCCGUCCCCUCCCCGCUCGCCAGCCUUUGUCUCCGUCCGCCCCCGCCUCUCGCCCCCGCCCCCAGCUCCAGUUCCAGCUGGUGCGCGCCUGAGCCCGGCUGCGGCUGCCCUGGGGAGCGGAGCCGCCGAGCGGGCCGGAGGAAGGUGGAAGCCCCGCGCUGGAGCCGGUGCGCGGCGGUCUGCGGCUGAGCAGCCCCGGCCGCUUUGCCAUCUGCCUGCAAAGCCUUUCACCGCCCGCGGCCCGUCCGCGGGGCACCAGGACAAUGCCUGGAGGGGCCUCGGCUCAGGUCCCGGUGACGUUUGAUGACGUCGCCGUCUAUUUCUCCCGGGAGGAGUGGGAGAUGCUGGCAGAGUGGCAGAAGGAGCUGUACCAGGAGGUGAUGAGGGAGAAUUAUGCAAAUCUGAUUUCUCUGGCAGGGGACUGGCCCAGGCAGAGAAGCAAGAAGAAAAAUGAGGAGGAAUGUGCUGAAAAGUUGGAAGCCCCGGAGCUUCCGACUGGAAUUGGCUUGGCCAACGGCUCAGAGAAGGCAAAGACCUGCAGCACUCAGAGCACCCGCAUCCCAGAGCCAAGCAGCGAGGAAGGCGGCUGGCUGGGGCAGCUUGUUGAAGGUGGAAGAGGGAACAGCCACUGCAUGCGGCCCAGUGGGAAUCAGGGACCCAAGAAAAGGGCGAGACCACACAAGUGUGACGAGUGCUGGAAAAGCUUCACCUGGAGAUCGGAGCUGGUUCAGCACCGCAGGACUCACACUGGGGAGCGGCCAUAUAAGUGUGCUGAGUGCGGGAAGGGCUUCAGCCAGCACGUCAACCUAACCAUCCACCAGCGUAUCCACAGUGGCGAGCGGCCCUACCGGUGCAGUGAGUGUGGGAGGGGCUUUACCCAGCAUAUCAACCUGACCCUCCAUCAGAGAAUCCACACUGGGGAGCGCCCGUACCAGUGCAGUGAGUGCGGGAAAAACUUCAUCCGCAAAUCCAACCUGGCCAAGCACCAGAAGAUCCACACGGGCGAGAAGCCCUUCCAAUGCGCCCAGUGUGGGAAGAGCUUCGUGCACAAGUCCGGCCUGGUGUCGCACCACAGGACCCACACGGGGGAGCGGCCGCACCAGUGCGAGGCAUGUGGGAAAUGCUUCAGCCACAAGUCGGGCCUGCUCUCGCAUCGGAAGACCCACACGGGCGAGCGGCCCCAUCAGUGUGCCCAGUGUGGGAAGAGGUUCCGGCAUAAGUCAGGCGUGGCCUCACACCAGAGCACCCACACGGGUGAGCGACCUCACCAAUGCUCCCAGUGUGGCAAGCGGUUCUCCCGCACCUAUGAGCUCAUCUCCCACCAGCGCCUGCACACGGGGGAGCGGCCCUACCCAUGCGCCGACUGUGACAAGAGCUUUGUGCGCAAAUCUAACCUGGUGAAGCACCAGCGUGUGCACACGGGGGAGCGGCCCUACCAGUGCGGCCAGUGCGAGAGGAGCUUCUCCCAGAGGUAUGAGCUGGUGGCUCACCAGAUCACCCACACUGGGGAGAGCCCCUAUACCUGUGCCCAAUGCGGGAAGAUCUUCAGCCAGAAGUCAAACCUCGUGAAACACGAGCGCAUCCACACUGGCGAGAGUCCCUUCCCCUGCACUCAGUGCGGGAAGAGCUUCAGCCAACGCGCCAACCUGGUGAAACACCAGCGGAUCCACACCGGGGAGCGACCAUUCCAGUGUGCCCACUGUGGGAAGAGCUUCAGCCAGAAGUGCGAGCUCGUGUCGCACGAGCGGAUCCACACUGGGGAGCGGCCAUUCCAGUGCACCCACUGUGGGAAGAGCUUCAGCCAGAAGACGAGUCUGAUCGCUCAUCAGAGGAUCCACAUGGGUGAGAAGCUGCUGAAAUGUACGGAGUGUGGGAAAAGCUUCACCAGGAGGCAGAAUCUGAGCACGCACAAGAGAAUCCACACUGGAGAGAGACCUUACGAGUGCAGCGAAUGUGGGAAAAGGUUUAGCCGCAUGCAGCACCUCGUGUCGCACCAGCGAAUCCACACAGGAGAGCGACCGUACCAGUGCACCGAGUGCGGGAAGAGCUUCAGCCAGAAGUCCAACCUUCUCACGCACCAGACAAUCCACACAGGGGAGAGGCCCUUUAAAUGUACGGAGUGUGGGAAAAGGUUCAGCCAGAGAGUCUACCUGACCCAGCACCAGAAAACCCACACGGGAGAGAAGCCGCAUAAAUGCAUGGAAUGCGGGAAGAGUUUCAUCCAGAGGAAGGUGCUCCUGACGCACCAGAAAAGUCAUGCCGGGGAGGGAGGGUCAUACCUAUGUGCUGACUGUGGGAAAUGCUUUACCACACGGCCAGGACUGAGGUAUCACCAGAGAAUCCACACCGGGGAGCGGCCGUACCCCUGCGCCCUGUGCGGGAAAGGUUUCGCCACCAAUUCCCGCCUGAAAUAUCAUCAGCGGAUCCAUUCGGGAGAGAGGCCUUAUCAGUGCAGUGACUGUGACAAACGCUUCCGGCACAAGUCGGCUCUGGCCUCCCACCAGGGCAUCCACACUGGUGAGAGGCCUUACAAAUGCACUGAGUGCGGGAGCAGCUUCCGCCGCCGGAAUGGGCUUGUCAAGCACCAGAGAAUCCACACGGGGGAGCGACCCUACCCAUGCGUGGAGUGCGGGAAGAGCUUCAGCACGAGGAGCACACUCACCGAUCAUCAGAGGACCCACACCGGGGAGAGACCCUACAACUGCAGCCACUGUGGGAAAAGCUUCAACCGAGUCUCGCAGCGCCGGAAACACCAGAGAAUCCACACGAAAAAGCGACCAGAAUGUGCUGAGUGUGGGAAAAGGUUCCGGAGUGAGAAGGAGCUCGCCACGCACCAGAGGGUCCACACUGGAGAGAAGCCAUACCAGUGUCCCCAGUGCCAAAGGAGCUACCAUCGGAAGAAUGAACUGGCCAAGCACCUGAAAAGCCAUGCGGGGACAAAGCCAUAA